AUGAUGGGUGGAGGUGCCCAGUGCGACGAUUUUUUCAAAGACAAUGAUGCGACUGCUAAUGUUAGUAUGGGUGUGCUGCCUGACCUGAAUGAUUUCGGUGCCGAUGAUUCCCUUCUAGAAGCAUUGCAUACUCCCGCGGUAGUGCCUGAAAGAAAAGGAGCUAAUCGCCGUCAGUUCUUUGCUGAACCGAUUGAUGACGAUACUCCCAUUCGCAGACGAAGCAGUGCAGUGUUUAUGAAAACUCCUGUGGAUUCAGCGCAGCGGGAACGACAAGAUAGAUACUUCCACCAUCUUAUCAGCAAGGUAGGCUGUCGAGAUGUAUCGAAAAUGAAUUUUUCGCGAGUGGGUAACUCUACCCGUUUUGAAACUACGAGAGCAGAAAUGGAUCCUAGCAAGACUCAGAACUUUGGAAGCCUCGACAAAGAUCUCAACUAUGUGGCAAAGAUGACUAAGAAAGCAUCGAGAAGAAAAGCAACAUUGGUGGAGGAAUCGGAUGAGGAUUUGGAGUUGGAAGAUGAUGACGAGAGCAUGGAAAGCAUUGAAGACGAUGGACUGUUAUAA